AUGCCUCCAAACGAGUCACCCAGCUUGACCGGAGAAGUUUACUCGGACAAAGGUCCGAAAAAGAUGAACAUUCUGGCGAACCACGUCCCGAAGCAUCAUCACAGGCUGCGUCAGGUCAGGGGAGGAUCAGAAUCGUUUUUAAAAUUCUCGAACGGGGGAAUUGGAGGGAGGCGGACACAGUAUCAGUCGACCCCCGCCGAAAUCGAUCAGAACGGGCGUUGUUCCGUGGUUGAGGAGCGGCUUAGUGAUGAAAUACCGGCGAAAAAGGUUCGGAUUCACCCCGUGCGACAAAGACAGCCGGGACAUCAGACCUUCCGAUUGUUUUCGGGUAGCGAGAGAAAGAAGGAACAGACACAAGUCACUCUUGGUUUCCAGCCAAGCAAGAAACCAAGUAGACAGCUUUGA